GCGGCGCGGGGUGCGCCGUGCGUGCCGAGCAGGCCGCAGUGCGGGCCGGGGCCGCGGCGAUGCUGGAGGAGGCGGGUGAGGUGCUGGAGUCGGUGCUCAAGGCCUCGUGCCUCCCGCUCAGCGUCCUGCUCUUCGUGCCCGCCGUGCUCCUGCUGCUGGGGCCGCCGCCCGCCGCCGAGGCGGCGCACGAGUUCACGGUCUACCGCAUGCAGCAGUAUGAGCUGGGCGGGCAGCCCUACGGCACCAGGAGCGCCGUGCUCAACACGGAGGCGCGCACCGUUGAAGCGGACGUGCUGAGCCGCCGCUGCGUCAUGAUGAGGCUGGUGGACUUCUCCUACGAGCAGUACCAGAAGGCUCUGCGCCAGUCAGCUGGGGCUGUGGUCAUCAUCCUGCCACGAUCCAUCUCCUCUGUCCCCCAGGAUGUCGUGAGGCAAUUCAUGGAGAUAGAGCCAGAAAUGCUUGCUAUGGAAACCAUUGUGCCAGUCUACUUUGCAGUGGAAGAUGAGGAGCUGCUGUCUAUCUAUGAACAAACACGGGCUGCUUCUGCAUCACAGGGUUCUGCCUCAGCUGCAGAAGUUCUGCUGCACACAGCAACUGCCAAUGGCUUCCAGAUGGUGACCAGUGGGGCUCAAAGCAAAGCUAUCAAUGACUGGCUCAUCCCCAGUGUGGAGGGAAGGCUGACAGGGCUGGGUGGAGAAGACCUGCCCACUGUUGUCAUAGUUGCCCACUAUGAUUCCUUUGGAGUGGCUCCAUGGCUGUCCCACGGGGCUGACUCCAAUGGCAGUGGAAUCUCAGUGCUGCUGGAACUGGCCAGGCUGUUCUCUCGGCUCUACACCUACAGGAGGACCCAUGCUGGGUACAACUUGCUGUUCUUUGCAUCUGGAGGUGGCAAGUUUAAUUAUCAAGGAACUAAGAGGUGGCUGGAGGAUAAUUUGGACCACACUGAUUCCAGCCUGCUGCAGGACAAUGUAGCAUUUGUUCUCUGCCUUGACACCCUGGGCAGAGGCAAUAGCCUUCAUCUUCAUGUCUCAAAGCCUCCCAAGGAGGGCACCUUGCAGCAUGCAUUUCUGAGAGAACUGGAGAUGGUUGUUGCCAACCAGUUCCCAGAGGUGAAGUUCUCCAUGGUGCACAAGAAGAUCAACCUGGCAGAGGACAUGCUGGCGUGGGAGCACGAGCGCUUCGCCAUCCGGCGCCUGCCGGCGUUCACCAUCUCCCACCUGGAGAGCCACAGGGACAGCCUGCGCAACAGCAUCAUGGACAGGAGGGCACGAAUAGACACUAAAGCACUGACCAGGAAUACUCAGAUCAUUGCUGAGGCUUUGACAAGGGUCAUCUACAAUCUAACAGAAAAGGGAGCACCUGCAGAUAUGCAGAUCUUCACAGAUCAGAUGCAAAUCCAGCAGGAACAACUGGAGUCAGUGAUGGACUGGCUGAGCAGCCAGCCCAGGGCUGCCCAGCUGAUUGAUAAGGACAGCACCUUCCUCAACACCUUAGAAUAUUACAUGGGACGUUACCUGAAGGAUGUCAAGCAGCACCAUGUGAAGGCAGACAAACGGGACCCCGAGUUUGUUUUCUAUGACCAGCUGAAGCAGGUGAUGAAUGCAUACAGGGUCAAGCCAGCAAUCUUUGACCUGCUCCUGGCUGUCUGUAUUGCAGCCUACCUUGGUGUUGCCUAUGUUGCAGUGCAGCACUUUGGUCUCCUUUACAAGUUGAUACAGAGAUUAUCCCUUAAAACCAAGCAGCAGUGAAGCACCAAGUCCCCCCACCCAGCAGCACUGAGCCAUCGGUGAGCCCAUUGGGAACCUUCUGCCUUCCACUGAACCCUGCUGCUCCUUUUCCUUUGUCUCCUCUUUGCCACUGUAUAGAGGGGAGGAAGGCAUAAAGAAAAUGAAAUUUUAACUCCUGUGCACCUUUGAAGUGCUUUUCUUCACCUUCUUCCCCUGACUUGCACCAUGUCUGGUUUUUCCUUUGCAUUUUGGUGAGGGAGAGGCUGAGAGACUUCAGCAAUUCCUGCAGUUUGAUUUUUGAGCAGCUUCUCUUGAGUGUCACCCAAAGUCCAGCACCUUCAUGGACACUGUCACACAGACAACCUGGAAACUGAAACUACAGCAUCUCUGCCCAGCAAACAAGGACUUGGAGCAGUUUUUAAAAAGAAAAAACCAAAAAGUGCACAUGCAAAUUAAAGAGAAUGCAAUUAGCAUGUUUCCUUAUGGCACCUCUUCCUUGAGUUCACUGCCUGGCUUCAGGGAGUUGUGCUGAGCAAGCAGUGUCUGCAGCAAGCACCUUCUUGCAUUUUAGUCAAACUCUCCCCUUUUAGGAGGUGCACUGGGAGUGAUCUUGAGUGCUAUUACAGAAUGAGGAAAGAUUUGAGAUGGGUUUCUGGCAUCAGGGUUCUGCCAGGGACAGGUUCUAUCCUGUCUCUCUUGCAGGAUGCAUUUUGCUGUGUACUUGGUUUCUCUGGAGGUUUUUGGUCCUUGAACAGUUCACAGCUGCCACCACUCUGUGCUAAACUCUUGCUUGAUUUUUGAGGGGUGUUCCCCACUCCAGCUGCUGCAGGAUCAUGUUCUGUGCUGCUCCAUGUACUUACACAAGCUGGUUCUGUUGAUAACAAGAGAAGAGCAGCUCAGACCUCGAAAUUUUAUUGAAAUACUACAAGCCCUAAGCUAGUUGUAGGUGUAGAAGAUAAUCCUGAGCAUUGUCCUGCCACCCAGCAAGUUUUGAGUCCUUUCCUGUAACCUGUGUACAUGAGGUCUCUUCACAUGCCACAGUGACACUUUUUUUAGAAUUUAAGCUACUACUUAUAAUUAAAGCAGCAUAUCUUACAGAGGCUGAAAAGCUAUUUUUGAAUUCAGGUGGACCUUUUUUCUUUGGAAUGCAAGGAAAAUUCUAGCUGUGGAUUCCUGUUUGCUGGUUAGAAAAGGGAUUGUUGUGGCCAGUCACUGUCCUUUGGAUGGGCACCAAAGCCCUGAUUUCCAUCCUCCUAUGUGUAUUUUAUUCUAAUCUCCUUCUUGGAGUACCCUUAUCCCAGGAUUUGUCCUUUCUGCUACUUUAAAUAUGUAGCAAUUUGUUCUUUAAAGGGUCUUGUCUUUUCCAGGAAAGCCUGCUGGUGUCAGUGGCUCACCGUGGUGCCAGCAUGGUGCCAAGCACUCCAGAACCAUCAGCCACCCAGGGAAAUCUGCCUUUUCCUCAUCUUUUGAGUGCCCAUUUGAAAUGUGUCUCUCUGCAUGCCUGAAGUGCUCAUGGCACUCCUUUGCCAAAUGAAUUUAUAAUGACUUCAGAUGUUGCUGGAGUGGCUGGAAGGCAAACCUUGAUUGUUUUCCACUGCUUUUUAUGCUCUGCCCAUAGAGACUGCAUCUGCUGUGCCCUGGGGAGCUGCAGGCCCUGGGCUGGGUGGGUUUAGAACACACAUGGUGCAGUGGCUCUCUGAAAAACUCUGUAGGCUCUGAAUAUUUGGGAAUAGUUUGAGUCCUCCAGCUGCAGCAUCCAUUUCUGGUGUGUUACACUUAAGGAGGUGAUGUUCCCUCCAGUCUAGCAGAUUAUUUCACCAGUCUUAAUGAUUACUUUGCUGAGAAAAAUAGAAAAAUAAUAUUAGCAAUGCUCCUGCAGCUUGAGUUGAUGAGUGUAAAAUUUGGCAGUAGCAGGCAAGAGUGAACAGAACAGACCUGGAGCUUGUUCCUUGCUGUGGAAACUGUCAGCCUUCAGUCUUCCAGGUGAGAAACUCAAAGUUCAGAGUGAAAAACUUCCACCCAGUCUGUUUGCAGAGGCUGUAGCACAAAGAAAACACUUUUAGCUCUGUGUGGUGUCAGCAAUGAACUGUUAACACUCCUGAUGCAGUGCCAGAAGCCAGUGGAAACAACCUAAAAAAAAAAGAUGGAUAAGAUUAAUGAGGAGAGUUCAUAAACCUGAGGGGCAGUUGGGAUGGUACAUUGCUCUCUCCCACACAAUGUUAGUUUGUCCUGUAAUCCUUUUGUGUCUCUCUCCCUGGCUGCCAUAAAAAGUAGUUUUUACAACAGAUCAAAGAGUUUUUGCUUUUGAUCAAAGUACACGUGCACUGAAACAUAAAUGCUCAAAUCUGAGAUAGUCAAAUCCCAACUUCCUCAUAGCUGGAGCAGAGUGCCCAUCCUGGGAUUGAAUUUAAAUCCCAAUUUCCUCAUAGCUGGAUGGAGCAGAGUGCCCAUUCUGGGACUGAGUUUAGUUCCCACAUUGUUGUUUCCUUGGGUAAGUCAACAGAGAAGCUUGCAAAGAGCCCCUGGAGCUGAUCUGCACUGCAGCAUAACUGAUCAGUUCAGUCACCAACACAAAGGCAGAAAUCCAACAGGUGUUGUGAUAAAAUAAAAGUUCUCCACAACGUUGCA